AUGGGCCUUCUACAAUACGCUACACAGGCUUUUGCCGUCGCUUGGGUCAUUAUGGUCAGCUCCGUUUUGGCCAAGAACAGCACAACUGGGAGCACCACUUAUCCGACUAAAUCGGGCAUCCGUAUCUGGGUCGACCCAGCCACACCCGACGACCGACAGACGUACACUAGCUCUCGUGGUCGGCAUUGGGAUCUCGUUAUGAGUGAUGAGUUCAACAUGCCAAACCGCAGCUUCCGACCUGGAGACGACCAUAUCUGGACUUCCCUCGAAAAGCCUGACGGUGUCAACGGCGCCAUGGAGCUGUAUUCACACAAUAUGACGUCUACCAAGUGUGACGACGACGGAACGUGCUACUUCUAUAUCAAGGCCAUGGACGAAUUCAACGUCAUUCACGUCUACAACAUGUACAUCCACCCUCCGAAAUUCGUUGAUGCCUACUUCUUCUACCGCGCGGCAAUGGUCCAGUCCUGGAACAAGUUCUGCUACCAAGGAGGAAUGAUCGAAACGCGCGUACAGCUCCCCGGUGUGGUCACACCCGACUCCGGGAACCCCGAUCUUGCACUCGGCAAGGACUCAAAGGUGAAAACGGGCAAGUAUUACCCGACAUGGCCCGGUAUCUGGAUGAUGGGGAAUCUCGGUCGAGCCAUUUUCUCGGCAUCGACUAACCGCAUGUGGCCGUUCUCAUAUGAUAAAUGUGAACCUGACCUGUUUGACCCGAGCUACCAGCGUAUCAGUGCGUGCAACGACAACCCCGGCUACGGACUGAACCCGAACCAGGGUCGUGGUGCUCCUGAAAUUGACGUGCUGGAGGGUAGUGCGUCUCUUGUGUCUUCGUCGCUGCAGAUUGGUCCAGGCAUGCCAGAUGAAUAUCGUGUCAUGGGAAUCAACUACGCGCAAGACCCGCCUUCCUGUAUCUACGGUGGUACCUGUACGACGCCCGGUGCGAACUACAUCGGUGUGCCAACCGCUGUGUACAACAAUCGUGGUCACAAAUCCUGGUACCAGGGGUUACGAUACGCUGCUAACAACUACUGCAAGCAAGACCCUAAAGCGAAGCAGGACUAUAAGACCGUCGCUGCAUCGAUGAAGGCCGGGAUUACCAAAAACACGUGCUCAGUGGACAGUUGUCCGGCCUCCACGGACGCGUAUAGUGACUUGAGUCUCAUCGACGACAAGGGAGAGGACCACUGGGGCAUCAACAGCAACGGCACGUGUUAUCCGCUGUGGAACGUGUACACAGGUGCCUACUUGUGUGACCCUGACAACACGUACUGGAAAUGUGCGCAGCCUCGAAACGCAACCACGACACCCCCGUCGAACGCCAUGAGCUCGUUUAACUACCAAAUGGACGCUAUCUCGGCCAAUUGGCCUGUACAGGUUGGUGCGUACACCGACUUCGUCGUGUAUCAAAUUGAAUGGGUUACGGGUAAGAAUGGCUACGCGCGCUGGAUGUUGGGUGGGAGCCCGUUGUUCGAGGUGCCAUCGGAGUCAAUCUGGAACGUCCCCCAGAAUGCAAACAAAACUAACCCGACCAAAUUGAUGCUGGAGGAACCGAUGUACCUUAUUUUCAACGUCGCGCUCUCGAGUUCGUGGGGUGCUUCGCCUCCUAACCCCGGUAAACAGUGCCGCGGCGAUGGCUCUGAUGAAGAAGCCAAUAAAAUCUGCGACGCCUUCCCGUUGUACAUGAAGAUCGACUACAUCCGACUGUACCAGGAUCUGGGCGACGAUCUCGAGGCCGACAACUAUAUGCACGUUGGCUGCGACCCCGAUACCCACCCUACCAAGAAGUGGAUCGACGCUCAUAUCGACGAGUACGAGGAUAACGACAAUAAACACAAGGAGGUCGCUGGCAAGGCCUUCUGUACCGUGAACGACGACUGCACGAUUGGAGGUAAUUUGGGCAAGACGCUGCUGAAGACGGGAAAGUGUGUGAAGGGACGAUGCCAGUGCACGUACUCGUCGUCGUGGGGUGGACCCCGGUGCACCACAGCAAUCUCCGGCUCGGCGGGUUCAUCCGGCUCGCUGGGAAAGACUCUGUCAAAGAAUUCAUACGGCCCUCCGAUGGGAUUGUCAAUCGUCGUGGCAGCGAUCGUUGUGAUCCUCAGCUUCGCCUCCGUGGCGUGGUCCAUUAUUAGAGAAAACAAUGCGGCUGCCAUCAUGGCGAAGAAAAAGAAAAAUGCUGCGGACAUGGGGCAGGAUUCGUACGGCAAUGGCCACGUUCAGGGCCACGGCAAUGAUAUUCACCGCCGACCGAAAGACAAUUACAGUCAAAACUUCGUGUAA